GUGUUUGGUAGCUAUCUAAUCUUUAUCUUUAUUUAGAAUUUUAGAAAUGUGUUUGUUGUGGACUGGAAGAAAUCAGUCAACUUUAAUGCAAAAUCAGAAAAAUGUGUUGCAAAAAAAAAAUGUAAACCGGCAACUCAGAGCUUCUCACUUCCUUUUGUGCAAUAUUUACACCCACAAAUCUACACCACCUGGGUUACAUACAGACUGUUUUCCACUGAAGGUGCAGCUUUUGACUUUGACCCCUUUACAGAAACCACCGUCAUACUGAAGGUCAGUGCAGAGCGAAGGAUGUUUGAGUUUUAUGUGCUCUUGGUUCCUCUCUUUGGAGCAGAUGGCACUGUGCUCUACACUAACCCCGGACACAGUGUGACUUUACCGUGUUUCUACGAUGCCAGGGUUAAAUAUCUGUCCUGGUACAAGCAGGUUGCAGGGGAGCAACCUCAUAUAAUAUCCUCUGUCUACAAACAUUCACCUGACAGCAACAGCUUCCACAACCAGUUUAAACAUGACAAACGGUUUUCAGUUCAUGCUGGAGAAGGGUUCUACCAUCUGAACAUUUCUAAUGUGCAGGACUCGGAUUCAGCGAUGUACUACUGUGGAAAAAUCAUCAUUGUUGUCCCGGAAUUUGAGAAUGGAAUAUUUUUGGAUUUAAAACAGUCUGGUCACAGCUCUUUCCCCCUGCAGCCAGUGUUCGACACCAUGAAGCCAGGAGGCUCUGUAACUCCGAACUGCACGGUCCAUGCUGAUGUUGGAGAGAAACAUGAGGACACUUCCUCUGUACUGGUGCUUUGUGUGGCUGCAACUCUGCUUGUGUCUGUUACCGUGAACGUCGUCUUAAUCAGUAUCCUCUGCAAAAUGUCCAGGAGAACAUAUCUUCAUUCUGGAGGGCUACACUUCCAGCCGAGUGUCCCUGAAUGCACCACUGACAGUCAGAAUGAGGAAGCUGAUGCUCUGCAGUACGUAUCUCUGGACUUUAAGAAGAGGCAAAGUAAGAGCAGGACACAGAGGAGCACAAAGGAGGAGGAGGUGAUUUACUCUGGAGUCAGACCGUCAGACAUGAAGUGAUUUUUGCUGAUUAAUCUGCCCAAACUUUCUACACCUCCAUCUGCCGCUAAUCUCUCUCUGACUCCUCCUGUAAUUUCACCUAUUAUUAUUAUUAUUAUUAUUAUUAUUAUUAUUAUCAUCAUUAUUAUUAUCAUUAUUAUUA